GUGUCCGGGGCAGAUAAGUUAAGUUAGUUGGUUAGUGGAAGGGGCAACUUCCGAUUAAUCAAUCAACUUCACAGUUCAUCAAUCCAACUGUCAUGCUUGUUUCAUGAGGCCAGGUGCCUCGCUGGCUAGCUCUGAAUCUUCUGACGUGCGCCUAAUCGUAUUCCCCUUAUCUUGUUGUUAUCCUCCCCCUACCGUGUUGAAUGAGCGAGGAAUGACGUCUCUCUGUUAUUGUCCAGUCCAGUUCAUUUACGCAUCCCUGAUUGUCUGAUGCUCUGUGGAUCCGGCCGAUCGAGUCCUCCUCUCUCACCAUGGUUGCUCCUAGGAACGCCGCAUACGCUGAGGAGAGUGCAGAGGUUGAGGUGCUUUACGCCAACCUCGAGAAGCUGAAGCUUCUCACGAAAAAAAUUCAGGGCUCUUUAGUGCGCCUGGAGACGGGCGGAAAUGUGGUCAAGCAUGCCAUCGGUCCUAUCUACAGCAAUACCCAAUCCCUGCAGAUCACCAAUAGCAAUAUCGAGAAAGUCAAUGAAGCCAUCGAGCGCCUGCGCCAACCUCUCAGUGCCAAAGGUCAAGAAGAAGGCAUUAUUCGUUCUGAUCCUCAGAGUGUCGGAGUCUCGCAGUAUCUUUCGGCUGUAAGACGUGUGGAAAAGGCGCUAGAAGAUUUGAACUCGACAAAUCUGAGGUCCAACCAGAAAGCGAUCACGGACUUCAACUCGUUACUAAGUAUCGGUAAUUCGCAACUUCAGGACUUGCUCCGCAGCAGGCUGGGCGAGAAUGUCGGUGCUAUUGAACCAUUGCACUACUUAACAAAAGAGCUCCCAUUUCCUUCGCUGCCCGACGACGUCAUUACUGAAUUAGGACCCGUAUGCGCCACCAUUGCCUCUGCAGCAAGCUAUGGACCCCAGCGAGACGGCGGAAACCCCGCGCUGAAGAUCUAUUCCGAUAUUCGCGGACCAUAUAUAACGGCAAGCUUGCAGAACCUCGCCAUAGCCUCUUUGAACACAGUCAAGCGCAGAGCUGCAGAUGGUCCUUAUCGACAAGGUACCAAUGGUAUCGGAAUUUAUUCAAACGCAUUGGAGAGCUUCAUAUACACGGAACAUGACAUGAUCGUGAGAAUAUUUACCGGAGGAGAACGCGGUCUGGCUUUGCAGGCGACAUGUCGCUCGGCCUUAACUGAGUACUCACAAACACUUCGUGAGCUCAAUCACUACAUCCGAGCCAACUUGAUGACGGACUGUUUCUUGGCUUUCGAAAUUAUCGAAAUUGUCACUGCAAUGUCGUAUCGUGUCGACUCGAAGACAGGCGAGCUGAAGAGCUUGUUCAUCGAAGCUCUCAGGCCAGUCCGUGAAACGGCCAAGUCAUCCCUCUCGGAGCUCCUCGAAGAAACGAAGCGCAAGGCUGGAAGCAUUUCUAUGCUUCCUCCAGACGGUGGAUCCGUACCUCUCGUGAAUGAGGUGAUGAGUUCAUUAACUACAUUGACUGGCUACUCCGGACCGCUUGCCUCGAUUCUAACUUCUUUGGGUGACGGAAACUGGCAUUCAACGGCAAACGCGGCGACUACCCCCUUGGAUGUUAGUCCAGAUAGUUCGACGCUCUUGUCGCAUUUCAUUCUUGACAUGAUCGAAGCCCUGAUGAUUGCGCUUGAGGCACGAGGUCGAGCGCUGCACCGCUCCAAGGCCGUACAGGGAGUGUUCUUGUCAAAUGUCUUUUGCACCGUGGACCGCUCUAUCAGGUCCAGCCCAGAGCUAGCAAGAUAUCUCGGUUCUGGAGACAGCAUUGCACGGAUCGACUCCUUCCGCAAACGGGCCACUUCAACAUACCUCGAUGCUUGGAAGGAAACUUCUCACUUUCUUCUCGACGUGCAGUACACUUCCCGUGGUUCCGGUAGACCAGCGUCUGGAGGUGCCGUUGACUCCAGCGCAAUCGUCAAAUCCCUGUCGUCCAAAGAUAAGGAUGCGAUUAAAGACAAAUUUAAGGCGUUCAACGCUAGCUUUGAUGACCUGGUCGCUCGUCACAAGGCUCUUUACAUGGAGCGUGAGGUGCGCGGCGUUCUGGCUCGGGAAGUGCAGGCAGUCCUAGAGCCUCUCUACGCGCGAUUCUGGGACCGGUACCAUGAGAUAGAUAAGGGGAGAGGCAAGUAUGUCAAAUACGACAAAGGAAGCUUGUCUGCGCAAUUGGCAGCGCUGGCAUGAAUGCGGACAAAACCCGCAUCGGUCACUGUGGGGUAUGCCGUGCCGAAUGCAGGAGACUGACAACAUUGAUGAUCACGUCUGAUCUGUCUGAGUGAGAAGGAGGGCGAUUUGGCUGAUAUACACUUCUUCAUAAUGUCUUAUUUUUAGAUAGAUUAUCUCAUGAUCUGAUGUCCUGAGAUACUACCAUUGUCAGUAACUAGCAG